GGUUCGACCCGUGACCUCCAUCGUGAACCAGCCACUGCACUGCGCACGCCGACCAUGGCGACCAUAACGGCCAUGGCCUGCGCUUCUCCCCCCUCGCCUUCGCUCACCAGCGCCACCGGCCGCAGCCACAAGCUUACCUGCUCUCCGCUGCCGGAGGAGCACCACCGUCUCUCGGCGGCCGACCGCUCCUGGCUCGACGAUUCGUCUGUCCAAGAACUCGACCACUUCGCCGAGAGCCUCGCCGGCAUCAAAGCCAAGGGCGUCGGUCCGGAGCUCCUCGGCUCUCUCCUCGCCCACUACGCGUACCGAUGGCUCCCCGAGCUCUCCGGCCGGGCCGCCCCCUCGCCGGAGAGCCCCACCGCCGCCUGGCUCAAGAAGCGGUUCCUCAUCGAGACCCUCGCCUCCGUGCUCCCGCCCGACAAGGCCGCCCUCCCCUGCGACUUCCUCCUCCGCCUCCUCCGGUCCGCCAGCAUGGUCGGCGCCGACCCGGCCUGCCUCCAAGCGCUGGAGGCCCGCGCGGCCGCCCAGCUCGACGAGGCCUCCCUCAAGGAGCUGCUGAUCCCCGCCUUCAACCACACCACCGCCACGCUCCUCGACGUCGCCAUGGUCCUGCGCCUCGUCCGCCGCUUCGCCGGCACCGACGACACCAGCAGGACCGGCGCCGCCCUCGCCAGGGUGGCCAAGCUGGUCGACUCCUACCUCGCCGAGGCCGCCCUCGACCCCGUACUCACCGUCCCUACCUUCGAGGACCUCGCCACCUCCCUCCCCGCCCACGCUCGCCCCAUGGACGACGGCCUCUACCGAGCCAUCGACACCUACAUCAAAGCGCAUCCCAGCAGCAGCAAGGAGGAGAGGAAGGCGCUGUGCCGUCUGGUCGACGCGCGGAAGCUGUCGUCGGAGGCGGCGCUGCACGCGGCGCAGAACGAGAGGCUGCCGGUGAGGUCGGUGAUCCAGGUGCUCUUCGCGGAGCACGGCAAGCUGAGCCGGUUGGCCGAGUGGAGCGGGUCCUUCAACGGGUCGUCGACGGGGAGGAGCCCGAGCGAGGCAGCGGCGGCGUGGCGGUGCCCAUCGAAGCGGGAGGCGACGGCGGUGCAGCAGCAGGAGGUGCGGCGGCUGAGGGACGAGGUGGCGAGGCUGCACGUGCGUUUCAUCGCGCUGCAAGCACAGGUGGAUAGGCUGGCGGCCGCACAGAGGAAGAAGACGACGCCGAAGAAGAACGGGUGGCUGGGGUCUUGGUCUUGUUGUUUCUGGAGCGGCGGCGGUGGUUCGGAGGCGGCGGGGAAGAAGGUGGUUCGGUCGGAGUUGAGCGCCGGUCGGCGGACGCCUGUGCGAGGCCGGCAGAGAUCAAAAAUAUUAAGAACUGCUUCUUUGUAAUUGUAGUUACUGAUCAAAAUUGUGCUGCUGUUAGCUAACUUUCUUUUCUCAUGAAUUGUCAAUGUUUUUGUCUCAUCCACCUCACCGAUGA